AUGUUAUGGAACAUAGCUGGAAUGAAGGAGGCAAGUCAAGCAAGAGAAGAAAUGGAAAAAAAUGAAAUAGUAAUACUAGUAGAAACAUGGGUCACACAAGAGAAAGCAGAAUAUGAAGUGGAAAGAUUAAGCAGUAAGUUUAAACGGUGGGCCAAAAAUGCAAUAAAAGAAGGAAAAAGAGGACGAGCAAAAGGAGAACAAUUUGUGGGAAUAAAAAAGAGCAUAGAAACAGAAUGGAGUAUAAAAGAAUGGGAGUAUGGAUUAACACUUGAAAGUGAGAAGGGGGAAGGCCAGAUGAUAAUAACAAUAACCAUAUACAACAACGUGGGGAUGAAGUAA